UUUAUUAUGCGUUUAAUAACGAUUUAGCAGUGCCAAUCCGGUUUGACUUGUUGUACUGACAAAUUCAGCUUUCAGUACCAUACAAAUUGCGGGUUGAGUGAACACACAUUUCUUUGCUUUUCUACUCUCAGUUUUGUAGUUCAACGUUUUUGAUUUCUUAUCAGGAAUGUAUAAUCCGAAGAGCAAAGACCUUGAUCGGGAGUAUUUUCCCAGUUAUCAUACCACCAGGUUUCAGGAUCAACCGGAACCGAAUAUGGCCGUGCAGGAGCACUUUAUUGGGCUAACGAAGCAGCAUGAAAGGGACCUGACCGAGAAACAGGGCAUAAGUGUGGACCACUUGCGCUAUGGAGGGGGUCGUCGGUUGGUGGAUGUGUUCUACAACGAAAGCACCACCAAUCAGGCGCCACUUUUCGUGUUCGUUCAUGGGGGUUACUGGCAGAUGCUGGACAAGAGCACAUCCUGUUCCAUCGUGGGUCCUCUGGUGCGGCGUGGAUAUCGCGUAGCCGUCAUGGACUACAACCUGUGCCCCGAUGUCACCCUCGAGACGUUGAUGAAGGAGUUCGCCGGAUUCAUCAACUGGAUCUUCGACUAUGCCGAACUGACCAAUGUCCUCGAGAUCACUUUCGCCGGACAUUCGGCCGGCGCCCACUUGCUCGCCCAGAUCCUCCAGUCCCAGGUGGGAAUCAACCCCCAGAGGAGCAAGAAGGUGUGGGCCUUGGUUCUCCUGUGCGGCGUUUACGAUUUAAGGGAACUGUACAAUCUGGAAUCGGUUAAUCCUAAAAAUAUUCUUGGCCUAACUGAGCGGAAUGUGCAGGCCGUGUCACCCAUGCUGUGGGAAUACACCGAUGUAGUCAUUUGGAACUCCACCAAGAUCUACGUGGUCGCCGCGGAGCACGACAGUACCACCUUCAUCGAGCAGAGUCGUCGCUUUGCCGAGCUGCUUAAAAAGACUGGAUUCCGGGCUAGCUUUAAACUCUUUCCAAAGUACGACCAUUUCGACAUUAUCGAAGAGACGGCCAUUGACGAAUCGGAGGUAUCCCGGUUCCUGCGCAACAUUCGGAUUGAAUAAACGAGCCGACCUCUUUUCUCAGUUA